AUGGGUCCCCAGAAGCCAGUGCCACAGACUUUGUCGCCGCGAAUGACACGAUGGUGCAUCAAGAUGUCGUCGUACGAUUACGAACUCGUACAUCGCACUGGGAAGAAACACCAGAACGCCGACGCACUAAGCCGCCUGCCGCUAGACACCACAAUAGAUGAACCACCCCCGCCGGGUGAUAUACUCAUGUUCGAGGCGCUGCCGAACCCUCCGCUAACAGCUGACACGGUAGCAGCAUCAACGCAGGAGUGCACUGUCUUGAAGGAAGUCUACGCAGCUAUACAAGAAGGCAACGUGCACAAGCUAAAGGGUGGACACUUCAACGCUUACCGCAAGCGAGCUGCGGAGUUGAGCACUCAUCGCGGUUGCGUCACCUUGGGAUCAAGAGUUGUAAUUCCGGCGGCACUUCGCGAACAGGCCAUGUCGCUUGUCCACGCAGGUCAUCGAGGCAUUGUUGCCAUGAAAAAGUGUGCCAGAAGUUAUAUGUGGUGGCCUGGUAUCGACGGUGAUAUAGAAUCGACAGUUAAAGAUUGCCAGCCUUGCCAAUGCAACCACAGAAGUCCGCCAAGAGCCCCUAUUCCUGAAUGGGAAAGACCAGACGCGCCUUGGCACACCCUGCACAUUGAUUUUGCUGGACCUAUCGAAGGAUGCUCAUUCCUGGUGGUUGUAGACGCAUACACCAAGUGGCUUGAGGUAAAACAAAUGGCUACAACGACAUCGGCAGCAGUUAUCGACACUCUGCGGUCGUUGUUUGCAACGUUCGGUCUACCGCGCAAGGUGGUCUCGGACAACGGCACUCCGUUUGUGUCCACGGAGAUUCUCAAGUUCUACAGCGACAACGGCGUCUCGUCUGUUACAUCAGCUACCACCCGGCGACGAACGGACAAGCCGAGCGCUACGUGGCUGAGCUAA